GGACAGGUCGAUCUUCAACAGGCCGCCGAAUGUUUCGCUGAGACACUCUCAACCUACCGAACCUCCCCAACAUCGCCCAAUCUGCACAUCACCCUACUAGACUCGGACGCACACGUCUUGGCCGCCUAUGAGAAAGCCAUCGCGGCUGCGGGGGUCACCGGUGGGGUGUUCAAGGCCAUCAAGGGCGAUCUGGCGACUAUGAAGAGUGUGGCGGGGUGUGAUUGUGCAGUGGUGGUUUUGGAGACCAGUUGGCGGUGGAAAGUCUCGAGUACGGCUAUCAGUGGACGGAUUCAUGAGAGAGCCGGGCCGGCAUUGCAUGAGCAGGCUCGGACACUGUACCCGAACCCCGCUGUGCUCGGUGAGGCCUACCCCGUCCCUGUACCUGCUUCCUCGCCGUUGUUUACGGAGGAAGGGGUCCACCACGUGAUAUACACAGUCCCACCCAACAUGAACCCGCUCCGCGCACAUUGUAUAUCCCAAACGGAGCUCGGCACCGCCAUCAAAGCCCUCCGAGCCACGUGGGCGGCGGUGUUUAGGGCUGCUGGUGGGAUCUCUGGCCGAAGUACAUCCAUCCUUCCCGCUCCGACUGCGCGGAAUGCGUUCGCGACGUUGAUGAGUGCUGCGAGGAAUGGAAACGGGAGCACCGCACCCCCAGGACCGGCUCGACCAACGGGACACUGGAACGACGCCCUGCGGAUGUACUGUCUCCACCCCGACCAGCACGCGGACGUCGUCGUGGAAUACGAUGAUGAGAUUGUGGUCGUGCGCGAUAAAUUCCCGAAAGCGAAACAUCACCUCCUGAUAAUCCCGCGGAAACCCAUCGACGGGAUAUCGAACCUGGGACCCGGGGAUGUGGGGCUGUUGGACGGGUUGAAGAAAAAGGCGGACGAGAUUGUGGCGGGGAUCAGCCGCGAGGUCGGGGGGAUGGAUGUGGAGUGCAGGGUUGGGUUUCAUGCGGUUCCUAGUAUGAAGCAGUUGCAUCUGCAUGUGAUAUCCCAAGACUUUGACUCGCCGCAUCUGAAGAAUAAGAAACACUGGAACUCGUUCACGACGCCAUUCUUUAAAGAUUUCGAGGAGGUCAGAGACAUCCUGAAUAGGGAGGGGAGUGUCAACUUUGAUACGGCGUACUAUGAGGGGUUGCUGAAGGGACCGUUGAAAUGUCAUCGGUGUGGGGAGGAAGUGAAGAAUAUCCCGGGGUUGAAAGCGCAUAUUGGGGGGUGUGGGGGGGUAGAGUAGGGGAGAGUAUAUGUAGGUUUUCGGAAAAUGUGUAACUUUAG